AAUGGACAAUUAUUUGGAUUUGUGUAAAUAGGAUCAGAGACCAAAAUUAGCAUAUGAGGGACACAACUCCACCAUGCAGCUCAGUGCCUAAGAAGAUUAUACAGGAUUUACAGGCAUGGUCGUUUUGGCAUUAACAGUCUCAGUCGGAGCAGCACAUUAUCCUGUGCAAAUGACCAUUAUGCGUUUGAUAAACGAACAAGCAGUUUUCAAUCUGUAGGAAUUCUUAACAGCUUACAACAUUAGGAUUUACAACAGCAAGACAACUGGCAACCAUGUGCCUGUAAAAGUACCUCAAUAUGGUGACAUGUGUCAUGUGGUCAGCAGUCGUCUGGACUCUGAAAGGCCUGUUGAGCUGUUGGAGGUUUUUCUGGGUAAACCCAUACUGUGCCAUAAACUCUACGCCAUGGAUAUCGCAUGAACCUGAACAUCAUUGUUGUACCCAUGAAAAACACUUAACAGAAUCUGAGAGAAAAGACACCUGGGAGAAGUCACAUCACCAUGAGCACAGCUGUACCUUACACAAGAGGCUAUUGAAAGCUGAGGGAGAGAUUCAGGAUCUGAAAGCUCAGAUUGCCUAUCAAAGGGCAUCGAGGGAAACGAGGCUCUCGGAGCUGCAGACGAAACAGCAUGAUCUAAGGGAUCGGCUGAACUUUGAGAUUGUCACAAGGUCAUUGGCUUUACACAAAACAAGUGAUUUCACAGAAAUGAAUGAAAGGUUCAGAGAAUCUGAAAUGGAGAAAAGACACAGUUUUGAGAAAAAGAAACAUGGCUGGACCAGUGGCUUGAAAAAAAUACACCAACUGGAUGUGAAAAUUCUGCACGAUGUGGCUUACUCAAACAGUUUCAAACAGGGCUCCUUUUGUACUACUCCUGACUCCAGAUCUACAUCUGCCAUGUCUGUCAGCACAAGUGUGGGCUUACAAAGAAGUGCCACAUGUCACCAAAGAGCCUUUGUGCCACAUUCCCCAAUGGACUUGCAGAUUGGCCACAGGGUUCGGAUUUUGCUGCCUACAGGACGAAUCAGCACUGGAACCCUGCGCUAUCUGGGACAACCACAUGGCUCAGCUGAUUUCUGUUUGGGUGUGGAGCUGGAGCUGUCUGAGAAUACACAGCAAGCAGGCACCUAUGAGGGACAGUGCUACUUUGACUGCAAGCCUGGACAUGGUGCAUUUGUGGCAUUCAACAAGCUACUACUGGCCUGGGAGUAGACACAUAAAUUCUUUUUUUAACCCCAUCAAACUGUCAAGGCUGUUAAGGAACAUCUUUUUGUGGGGAUACACAUACAUGCUGAGACAUUUCAGCAAUGUCAAAUUAAAGUGUAAAGCACUAUUUGUAAUGAACAUUUUCCCACAGCCAUUUCCCCUAACUUUAUCAUACCACAAGUACUUGUAAUGCUGAUUAGUUUUUAAUUGCAUUUCAUCUACUAGCUCUGUACUUAAAUUUAAGGAAAUGGGCUUUGAUUUGCAAAUGUUUACACGUUAUUGCAUUUCUUAAAAAUUUUGAAUUUGUUUUAGUUUAUGGAAAACCCAUUUUAUUUAUCACACACAUUCUCCCUUACCCCAAUCCAGUGAUGUAAAAUAUGCACUUGCUAGAAGAAUAGGUUUUAUCCUAGAUGUGCAAGUACAAAAUAAUAAAACAUAGUUAACUGAUAACUUUAUAAAAUUCCCAGAAUAAUACCACUACAAUAAAACAAACAUCUAAAUUUGCCAUGUCUUGCCAUGUACUUGGCCAUAUGUGGUGUUCCUCUUAUUUCGAUCUGGAGCCCAACACUAGACAUGUUUUAUAUCCUUUACCUGAUCUGUACAUGCUAACAAAUAUGACUGUUGAUUACUGUUUAGUCAUUGUAUUCAUUGUAUGAGAAAUGAAUUUUACUAGUGUGCUCCCUUAUUUUUACACCUGAGGGAAACAUCAUAACAAGAUUAAUGACAAUAAAAUUCCUAAGAAAUGAGAGUAAAUG